AGACUGACGACGAUGACAAUGACGCACGUUACUCAUGCUGCUUCUUCUUCUCCAUCUUUUCCGGCUUCUUCGCUUCUUCGUCGUCUUCUGCAAAUGCCUGACUCUUUGCUUGUCUCGCGGCCAAUGGCGGGGGAAAACAGCCAAAGAGGAGCAGCAAGCAGCGUUGAGGGUGUCGUCACGCCGGCUUAGCCCAUGGCUGUGUGUACUAUGUACGAGAACCUGUACCCGAGCACGCGCGCUGAUUGGCCGAGCCCGGGCAAGAAUAGCCUGGCAUCCCCUGCAUCUAAAAAGGCACAACACACCUCCAUGACGCCCCUGAGCCUGAACGGGAUGUACAAGUACUUACCAGCUAUUCCAAGAACAGGGGAGGCCUUUUUCUCUUCCUCACUUGUUAUUUUUUUGCCGCCCUCGAUGGGGCAGGGGUUGGGCAGCUGUUGGGCUGGGCGGACCAGUCAGAGGCCACGACGCGAAAUGCCACAGCCGUGUUGGUGCGAGUAUCUGGUACCUGCUCUUGAUCUUCGGGGAGGUACAUGUGCCCGUACCUCUGACUUUGCUGGAGCCGUCUCGUUGUGUCUCCAUUCUUGGGCGCUUGUCACGCGGCACAUUUUUGGCGACUCACUCGCUCACCGGCAGAGUCAGUUCAGUUUAGGAUGUACGUACUCGUAGGGAGAGGGGGGAAAGAUUAAGCAUGAAUGUG